GCAAUUUACUAUUUCCCCACCGAAGUCCAAUUUCCAAUGUUAAAUUCGUGUCAGUUCGUUACCUACAAUCUGACUUUAAUCUGAAUGUGUUUAUAAUCUGAAAGUGCAAUUAUUGAAAAGCAGUGUAACCGGUUCGGUUCACGGUAUUUAUUUUCGUUGCAAGUGAAACUCCUAAAAUAUAAACAAGAUGCCCAAAUAUUCGAAUACAAAUAAUAUAAAUCCUAUUGUGAUUAUUCGAACAUCAUUCUUUUAUUAUCAGCAUUGAAAGGUGAACAAAGUUCAAUACGAAUGAAAGCGAUCUAUGUUAGCGCUAGUCCUAAUCAUCAAUAGAUAUCUUUUAGUUGCUGCUUAUGUUUCAAUUCACAACCAAGGCUAGGAAGGCGGUUCGCUACUUAAAAAAAUAGGCUCAUUCAUAAACUGCAUCUUGCAACACACACUAGGAUUCUAAAUUCUCACACGCGUGUAGUUUGUCCGUUGUUUUCUAUUAUAUGGUCAAUUUAUUCCUAAUCGCCUUUUCCUGAUAUAUUGUAACGUGCAAGAAUUCCCUAUGUGUAGUUAUACAACGGUUAAAAAUAAAAUUUUAAUCCUAUAACCCUUGCUUGCCCUUGCAUAACCAGUGCAGGGUGAUACGGUGGUCAAUAUCAUGGAAAAAUGUAAGUACUGAGAGCUAGGCUUAUUAUAGUUGAGUUGAAUCGUCCCUGAGAACUUAUUAAACGAUAAAGGAUCGCGUGGUCAGCUCAAUUCACUGUAUAUUUGAAGCAGCAAUUGCAAAUUGGCUGUCAAGGAGACCAGUCGGUAUUUUUCAAUCAAAGUUCAAAGUGAAUCGGCUUCGCGCGGUGUCCUGGUGUCUUUGUUUUUCUUCCGUUGGCAAAAGAAAGGUGAGAGUGAGAGUUCGCAUUUGUCAGUUCAUCUGUCAAAAGGUCAGGAGGUCAAGUGGGGAGGGCAGGAUUUUUGUUUAUACAUUAUUUUGGUAUGAUAAGUAGUACCCUGCUCAAGCAAUACAUCGUAUACCUCAAUAAACAUACCUACGUUCAAAAACUGAAAUGCGUGCAAUGGAAAAACCGCAGGGCGUUGCCGCAAGAAGCCUAUUGUCCUACCACAGUAGAACACAUCGCAAAUAUUCUCACGCACGGGAUCUGGAUCAUUCCAAGCAUCUUCGCUACUUUGGACUUGAUUAGCAGGUGCCAACAUGCUGACCAGUACCUGUCAGCCAUCAUUUAUGGCGGGACGUUGAUAUUCCUUUUUUGCGUCUCCACGUCUUUCCAUUGCGUGUUCUAUUGUAACAAGCACAAGCAACUAAAGGACCUCUUACACCGAUGCGACCGCGCGAUGAUCUACAUGUUCAUAGCCGGUACUUAUUUUCCAUGGUUGACACUGGAACCACUUCCUCACGAUGGUUGGGCAGCCCAUAUGCGAUGGGGCGUAUGGUUGUUAGCCUUCCUCGGUAUCAUCUACCAACAGCUCUUCCAUGAAAAGUACAAAAUGCUGGAGACCCUGGCGUACCUCAUCAUGGGAUGUGGACCCAGCGCGAUAAUCAUUUUUGAGCACGAAUUGCGAGGACUGCGCGACAUAACGUUAGGUGGCAUUUUGUACAUGUCAGGCAUAUUUUUCUUCAAAUGUGAUGGUCGACUGCCCUUCGCUCACGCCAUUUGGCAUUUGUUUGUUGUUAUGGCGGCUUACCACCAUUAUUACGCUAUUAGGGAGCACCUGUUUCCAUUGACCAAUUAAGUUCCUUUCCUAAUAUAAGAGAACGAUGUAGAACUUUAGAUGCUGCGGUUUUAUUGGUCGAGUAAACGUCAAGUAUAUCUAUAGGCUCCAUGACAACCGAAACGCCAAUAAAGCUCUUUAUGCGGUUAUGAUUAUCGACCAGAAAGAACAAGUAUCCAUGCUAGAGAAACAUUGACAGGAUAUUUUUUUUUCAGAAGUGUGAAUCUAUUUUUUACCCUACCAAUGAAAAUGUAGCAAUGCAAUUAGGUCAAUGACGUCUUACCUAUAUAGACCCUGCAAGUCAUUCAUAAGUCCGCCGUUUGUUAUGUUCGCGAAGCUCAUUGGCAGGAAAUACGAACUUUCCAUCAUAAUUUUAUGAAAUUGGCCCCAGGCUUGCAACAGCACAAGGCUCAAGGUUAACUACGGAAUUCGCAUCAUAGGCGUAUCACAAUGUAGGCCAUGAAGGGCUAUAAAAGCCAAUAAAUUUCUCAGUAUGGUGGUACAAAAAACGUCUUUCUUGUAGGUAUACUAUUAUUAACCCUGUAUCUGCCUUUGCGCCACACCUUACUGAAAAAAUCUAAUAUUGACAUAGGUUAUCAGUUAUGACUUAUAGAUGACAUAAGGUAUUAUAAAAGUUGAAAAAUAACCUGGGAAAAUGACUUUAGAAUUAGUUGCUUGCAAGCAACAUUGUGAGAUAAAGUAUAGGUUCUAUUGUUACUUGCAAGCAACAUUGACCGAUAAAGGUAAACCUAAUUGCACUGGUUUAUAUGGAAACACAUAGAUUUCAAAUCAUUUAUUUAUAAAACGAAUAUCAAGAAAUAAACAAAAUAUAUAUAUUUCUGGUUUCACAAAAUACAAUGUGAUGAAAAAGCUAAAUCUAAUUGGAAUGGAAAAGGUAGAAACAAUUCUUAUUUUUGGUGAAACAAAGCCUAAGAUUGCACUUGGUACAAAAGAUUGUUGUAAACAGUGCCUGCAUCUACCUUUUGUACCAUAAGUUGGCCAAUGACCUAUGACAUGUUUUUGGGUGGUGAUAUCAGGUCUCGGCAGUAUAGGGUUUGAUAUUAUUUUCGCAGGGGUUUUAUUAGUCGAGGAAAUGGAUGGUCUGCCAUGAGAACUUUGUUUUCCUGCGUUGGUCAACGGUUUGGCUAAUUCUAUACAGAACUCCUUUAGCGGUUUUGACGUUACACGUGCUGUGUUGCAGUCCUUUCUAUACAGAAGCCAGCGUUGAUCACUGACAUAUAGGGUAUGAAGUCGGCAAUAUAACCAGAAACCCCAGCACGAAUAAAAAAUGUAAACCCCCAUUUGUGGGGUUUAUUUUGGAUAUACUGCCUCAAGUUGCCCGCAUAUGUGCCUUUGUAAGACACCAUUGUUUCAUAAAUUGAGUAUUGAUUUUCAAACUGGAGUUUAUAACAGUUCUUACGUACAACUUCUAAUAAGGGUCUAAUUUUGAAAUAUCGAUUCUUUGUCUGGUCUGUUAUGUUAGUAUUAUCAUUGAAAUGGAUAAACCGUCUUAGUUUCUGAAACCUCUUCAGAGGCAUUAUAUUGUCCACGUGAUCUACUCUUGUACUAGCUGCCCAAAAAUCUUCUAUGGCAGGAAGUUUUAUUACACCCAUAAUCAAGAGUAUAGAUAGAAAAUCCGUUAUUUCUGACGGAUUUGUAUCAAUACAUUGCCCAAGUUGCUGAGUACUAUAAAGAUUUGUCUGAUAGACUAUUUUCUCCAUUAGAUCAAAUGAAAAAAACUUUGUAAAAUACUCAAUGGGAACUGCAAUGUUGUCAGGUUCAGGAAAAUCUGGUGAAGGUAUGUUAGCAGCUUCAAUCCAAGAAUAUGAUUCAGUUUUUCGUCUUUGUGGUGGUGGCGGCUCAGUUUCAUCGUAACUUUCUUCUAAUUCAGAAUUAUUUUCUGGAACCAGCAUGUCAAGUCCUGAAGUCACCUCUUCUUCAUCGUUAAGCUCAUUUGUUUGGGAAAUAUUUUCUCCGUCACUGAAAUCGUCGUCUGAGACAUCGGAAAUAUGCUGAUCUGUGGGAAUUACGGUCGGUGCCUUCUUUUUGUCGAAAAAACAUGUAGUGCUUAUGGUUGGAAAAUUAUCCAGAUCGGAAAACGUAAUUAUUCUGGCAAUGUUGCUUGAGAGUCAUUUUCCUGCCUUAUUUUCUGAUCCAUCGCUUAAAAAUAAUCAUAAACAUAAAGACUCAACCUUCUUUUAUACCAACCAAGGCUAAUAGAACAUAAAAACAAAUGAUUCGCAACUAAAAUCCCAACUACAGAUUCAUACGUGCACUAAACACCUGUUACGCGGCAACCAUAUUGAAAAUUUUGACUCAACUUUUUAUAAACAGAGGUCGCUCAUAAUAUUAUUUCCGUUACUGAAUAAUGUAGCUUACGCGCAACACUGACCAAUCAGACCGUUAGAGCAGGGAGGACGAGAAAUUGAGGUUUAAAGAUGAUGUUGCCUACAGGUUACAGCACCAGAUAUAGGGUUAAGGUGACCAUACGUCCCACUUUCGGACUCUGUCCCUCUUUUAGGUCGUGGUGUCUCCAACAAAAAGCAUGCAACCUCCAUCCCCCCCCGCUCUUCAUAGUUCUAAUCAUCGGCCAUCAAAGCAAAAAAUGAAGUGUGUUUACACAUUGUGCUUUCAUUUUAUGAUGUACAGAAAAAUAGCAAAAUGUGUGCCUUUUGUGGUAGGUACAAGACCCCAAUAUAGAAGUAAUAAAACACAGUAAAUACCUACUUAAAAAAAUGUUUAUUUGAUGGUUUACAAAAUAUUUUAUAUGGAGAUCAAUCGAUGCAAAAUAAACGUUAUUCACAAAUAUGCGGAAAAUACUCAGGUUUGUUUUAUACCUCGAUUUGUAUUUAAAUUCGCGUAUUCGUCACUUGUUAUAUAAAUUAUUGUAGUAUAAGAAUAUACAAUAUCUUUCUGCAACAAACAGAGGUCAUUUGGCUAGUUGUUUAUACGAUGGGGCCAAUGUCAACCGACCGUGGGGCCAACUUUAUUUGGCGACAUCGCAAAAAAGAGUGAUUAUUGUAGGGGAAGAACUUUUGUAAACAAUCGAGGUCUAUUUGGGUAAGACGUCAUUGAAUUAGGUGUUUCUUUGUUAAUCAUAAUCAUGUCAGUUCUGGAUCCCGACAUGAUGUAACAAAUAAUUGUGUUUUUAGAUUUUUGGGUUGUGCCUGGUAGUUCGUUGAUAGAUUGUAGAUAUGUGAUAUGUUCGAUCACAGCAAGCGUAAAACUAUAUUAAAGGCUAUUUUUACUUUAAGUUUCUGGCAUUGCUGUAAAGUAAGUGAGCCGGAGAAAAUGCAUGAUAUUCAUUAAAAGAGUAGAUAAUAUUUUUUCGCAGUGCUAUAGUAGGUUUUUGUUAUUUUAAAAUUAUAUAUUUUAUUAUAUUAUGAUUCAUAGUUAUCGUCGCAAAUAACUAGCUAAGUGGACGAUCUCGUCUCUGGGGAAAUAGACAAAUUAUGCUUACAACUCAGCAUAGACUGGCAGAAGCUUGAGUUGUCAGUUAAAAGAAUACACUUUGCAUAAUUUGUCGAUUUCCCCAAAGUCGAGUUCUCCACUUGGCUAUUUUUUAUAUAUACACGUAUAUAUGUAUACAAUAUACCAUUUGCUUAUCAUGACAACCGGCUGCGUGUAAACUUACACUGUUUGUAGUCUUGCUUCUAAAAAAUCACGUUAUGAAAAUGCUUUGCAUUUGCUAAGAAAUUCUUCCGUUUUGGAAAAUAUACUUAGCUAUAUUACUGAAAUUGUCUUGCCAAAGAAUAUUAGGUAGAUGUUUAGUCUCAUAUUUGUAGAGAUGAUUUUAUCUGUGUAUGUGCCAAUAUCGUCGCAAAGAUGCGAUUAUGAUAUAUUUUUUCCGUAAAUAUUGGGACCGCUUGUGAUUAGAUUUUUUGUAAUGUUUAGCAAUUUAGUUUGACUGUAAUACUUUUUACUGUUAGCAAUAAGAUCAUCAUAGUGAAAAUUGUCUUAUAGCUUGGAUAUAAGUCAGUUACACUAUAAUAAUGUUACCUGGCCCUUUGAGGAUUUGUAAUUACAACCAAACUGUGUGAACUGCCAAUUAAACAAUGCUGAAAAAAUCAAAAGAUAAUAUUCCAAAAAAGAAAUUACUCCUAAUAGUCUUUAGUUUGGAAACCAGGAAAUGUGCCAAACAGUCUCGUAUCAGGAGCUAAUAAGAAAUCGCAAUGUAUCAAAAAAAUGACUUUUUCAGUGUUGGUGAUUAUUAUUUUCAAAAAGCCAGUAUUAAUAUUUUUACUCCCACUGUUCAUUUCCUGUGAUCAUUUACAGAAACUAAAAUUUUGAGGAAAAUACUUAUAAUACCAUAAUUUUCUUGCCAUCUUCAACAUGUUUUUGUAUUUUUUCACAUUGUGCAUACAUAUUUUUUUGAAAAGUUCUGUAUUUAAGUCGAUUUUUUUUGCUCAAUCAAUCUUUUCAGAUGUAUUUCAGUGUAUGGGUCUCCCAUAAAGGACUUGACAACUUUCUUUUUAAAUAGAACGCAAACCAUUUGAGUUAUCUCGAAAAUUUUACUAUCAGAUUGAAGUAUACUCAAAACAUUUAUGUAUGGAAUUCGACCUCGUUCAUAUGUUGACCACGGGCACGUUCGCAGCCAUCGAUUCGUUGCACUCAAUUUUCAAUGACUCGGCCACACAUUUCGACAGAAACGACCGCUAUCUCUCGUUGAAUAUUGGCUGUGAGCUCCUUUAACGACGCCGUCUAGAGGUGUUAAAUCAAACGAUCUAGGCGGCCAUUCGACCUGACCAUUUCUCGUUCACCGAAUUUUGAUUUCAAUUUGACGAUUGUUUCACCCGCUGUGUGGCUUGUGGUACCAUCUUGUUGAAACCACAUGUCAUUAAUGUCUAGCCCAUCUUGUUGACUCAAAAAACAACAUGUCUCUGUAGCGAUCUGCGUUGACUGUAACGUGACGAUCAUUUUUAUCAAUGAAGAAAACAAAUUGUUGUUUCUUGAAGCACAUGAGGGUCUUCACCUGACCAAUAACGUAUAUUCUGUUUGUUGACGAAGCCGUUUAGCCAAAAAUGCGCCUCAUAACUGAAGAUGAUUUUGCGAUGAAAUUUGUCAUUUUCGAGAAAGUACGUCGGUUCAUAUGAUCGAACGGCUUUAGUUCUUGAGUUAACUUGAUCUUAUAAGGGUGCAGGCCAAGGUCUCUUCGCAAAAUUCGCUAUAGUGUGGUCUGAGCGAUGGCCAAUUUUUGAGAACGUCGUGGAAUCGACGUGUUCGUUUGCGAUGGAAGCUUGAACGGCAGCAAUAUUCUCGGCACUUCGACCAUCCUGUUGUCUCAUUGGCACGGGAACAUUCAGCAGCGAAUAUGUGGACUCAAAUUUUGAUGAAUUGACAUUGGCAUUAACCCUCUUAAAGGUUAAGUCACCGACUCGGAACUUCGGUGAUAAAUUUUAAUUAUUUGUAAGCGUUGUUCGUUCGUGUACGUCACCAUGAUGAAAAUAUUUUCUUUACUGAAUGUUUUGACAUUGACAGUUCGGUAAUUGAUUUAAAGGUGCGUUCACAGUGAAAGUUCAAAGUUGUCAUGUCCUUAUUGGAAAACUCGAUACAUAUUUGUUUUUUACAUUAUCUUUCAUGUGGAAUUUGAAGUAGUGGAUAUGAAAUCUUUGACGUUUUGCCACUGUAUGUUUCAAAACUUUCAUGUAGUUGCUUUAAGUGUUAAAUUAAAUUGUGAGUUUCAAUGUGAUACCAGUGGGAUCUGAUAUUGCAAUAGAUAAGUAUUAGAAUACUAGUAACUUAGUAUCAUCCAUGAUAUUUAAAUACAAACGCUCAAGUGUAAAAUGAAACCUCAUUUCUGUACUGUGAAUUUUUCAAAAAACGUAAAAAAAUUGAAUCGUAUCAUUCGACUCCGACACAUCAUUUUUAUUAUGAGGUUUCGUUACUUCGUUCCACUUCCAUUUUUAGAUCUCGAAAUUCUAAAACCAGUCUUCCCACUCAAAGACGGUACUUUGUAACGACUAUCCCGAAUCUCGAAAUAUUUUUUUUUUUUUUAGUUUUUUAGGUGCUGUAUGUACAUCAUAUAUAUUCUUAGAACCAUGUCAAAUGUGAAGCCAAAAAAUCUAUACACAUAUAUAGUCAGUAUUGUAUUAUAUUUCAGAGAUAAUGUGGAUGGAAAUAAAGUUUUUUAAGGUACAAA